UUUACUGUAUAAGCCCUCUCCGUAAAUUGCACGUGUUGCCCUCCAUCUUCUUUUCUUCUCUCAUAAAGAUGAAGUUUAAUAAGUUUCUGAGCAGCUCUAGAAGAAAGCAGAGAAAGCGUCACUUUACUGCCCCCAGCAGUGUUAGGAGGAAACUGAUGAGCGCCCCGCUUUCAAAGGACUUGCGUCAAAAGUACAGCACGAGGUCCAUUCCAAUCCGUAAAGAUGAUGAAGUAAUUGUCAAUAGAGGGCAUUUCAAAGGACAACAAGCUGGGAAAGUUAUUCAGGUUUAUCGUAAAAAGUGGGUGAUUCAUGUUGAUCGUGUCACGCGUGAAAAGGCAAAUGGUGCAUCUGUUUACAUUGGAAUCCAUCCAUCAAAAGUUGUGGUUACGAAACUCAAAUUGGACAAAGAUCGUAAGAAGAUACUUGAGCGCAAAGUGAAAGCAAAGCAAGCAGACAAACUGAAGGGGAAACACAAACAAGAGGACAUCAAACCGAUGGAGACAUCCUAACUUUAAGAGGAUUGUUUAUUGUCCUGUUAUUAUUAUUAUAAUUAUUACAUAAAAGAAAAAUUAAUGGAUAAAA